ACGUGAGACUCUUAUCGGGCGAUAAAAAAAAUAUCGCCGUUAAUCUAUUCUCAAAGUUGGGUUGGGAGCUGGGUCUAUACUACGCAAGCUAUGAUGACUUUCACCUCGAUAUUUUAGCGCGGAUGUAUACCUAGCCGAAUUGCACUGUAGUGGGCGAGAACGAGUCUUCGAACCUGUGUGUAUGCGUGCUAACAUGGAUGCAGCUAUGAAGCCGCCGGGUUUGCUUCAGGGAAAAUUUAUUUUUAAGAAGCUUCCCAAUGGAAAUCGGCAAGUCAUUUCUAUCUCUACGUUACAUGGUCGCGCUCUCUGUAUCGCGCGCACAGCGGAGUUCCGCCCCGGUGCGCACGCACAACCUGAUAUUGCCAAGUGCAACGUGUUCCUGGGUCAACAUAUUUUGUUGACCCUGGAACAACAUUUUAAUCCAAAAAUAUAAUCUUAACCAUAUUCCUACACCUAAACCUAACCUUACCCAUGAGUAAUCCCUAAAAUCUGAGGAACUGAUAGAUGAAUUACACUGAUGUACAAGCACCAAACACUGAUUAUAAUCCUAAACUUCACAAAAAUUAUAAACUGGUUCUUGAAAUCUGAUUGGUUAAUCACAAUGUUGUUCCAGGGUCAACAAAGAUGUUGACCCAGGAACACGUUGCACUUGGCAAUAUCAGGUUUGGCGGUGCGGCACACACACAAACGUCUGGGUUCUUUCUGCAUGAUUCAAAAUUGAGGUCUGAGGCACGCUACAAAGAUCAUCCGCACACUUCAAAAAUCAAGCUAAAGCAAAGGUGACAAUGACGUUUGAGAGCAUUCUGGAGGAGACAGAUGGGUUUGGGCGAUACCAGAUUGGACUGGUCUUGCUGAUGUUUAUACCUCGCAUCACAAUCCCGUGUCACUUACUGCUGAACAACUUCAUAGCCGCCAUCCCAUCUCACCAUUGUAACAUCAGCUCUCCGGGCUCUGAGGGAAUCUUUGGAAAUCUGAGUAAAGAUGAGAGACUGACUGUCAGUAUUCCAGUGCAGGAUGACGGGACUCCUGCUUCCUGUCACAUGUUCUCUUAUCCUCAUUUCCACCUGCUGUCAAACUCCUCCAGCCCCUCAGAGGUUACUGUAGUCCAGUGCCAGAAUGGAUGGGAGUAUGACAACAGCACGUUCAUCAGCACUAUCGCCACACAGUUUGAUUUAGUUUGUGAGAAGAGGGGACUGGCCAAAGCAUCAGCCACCAUAUUUUUUGUUGGCGUCAUGGCUGGAACUGUGUUCUUUGGAGUGCUCUGUGACAAGUAUGGUCGUAGGAGUAUGCUGCUGGUGUCUUAUGUGUCAUCUAUAGUGUUCAGCAUUGUUAGCGCUUUCUCAAGCACCUACAUCAUGUUUGCUGCCUUCCGCUUCCUGACCGGAUUCGCACUGACGGGAAUCAUCAAUAUAUCAGUUGUUCUCAGUAUUGAAUGGGUAGACACUAAACACCGUACAUUUAUCGGUGUGUUCGGCAGUACUUCCUGGAGUUUAGGCAACAUGCUGCUGGCUGGUUUUGCCUAUCUGACCACUGAUUGGAGGAUGCUAAUUAUUACUGUCACUUCUCCUCUUCUUCUUGCUACAGCCACUUGGUGGUGGAUCCCUGAAUCAGCGCGGUGGCUAAUAGCCAAUGGAAAGACAGAAAUAGCAUACAAGUAUCUGCAAAAAUGUGCUACAUUUAACAGGAGACGAGACUUUACAUCUAGAGUUAAACCAGAGGCUUUGUCCACUGUUGCAACUGUAGAACACCAGGGUCACAGUUACACUUAUUUAGACCUGUUCAAAACCCCACAGCUGAGGAGACUCUCACUUUUCACCGGCAUAGUGUGGUAUGGAGUUGCUUCUACAUACUACGGCCUCAGCUUAAACAUCACCGGCUUUGGGCUCGACCUUUACAUGACACAUUUCAUUUAUGCGGCCAUAGAAGUGCCAGCGAAAAUCCUGAUCUACUUUAUUCUCAAUAAGGUCGGCCGUAGAAUCACUCAGACCGGGACACUGGUGCUCACAGGAUUCUGCAUACUAAUUAACAUCAUCACACCUACAGAAUACUGGACGUUUCGCACUGUGAUCACAGUGUUGGGUAAAGGACUUUCAGAGGCUUCUUUCACAACUGUGUUCUUAUACACCACUGAGCUCUAUCCAACAGUCAUGAGGCAGAAUGGGCUUGGCUAUGCCAGUUUUAUGGCACGUUUGGGUGCAUCAAUUUCUCCUCUUAUCAUGCUCUUAGAAGACAUGUGGAAGCUCCUCCCAGAAGUCAUUUUCUGCAUGGUGGCCAUCUUUUCUGGUCUCAUCGCUUGGCUUCUCCCUGAAACCAACAACGCAAGAUUGCCAGAAACCAUAGGAGAUAUUGAAGAGAUGAGAAAGAAACCUAUCAACUUGACAACAGAGGAUCAGAGUAACAUCCCUUUAAAGUUGACCAUCUGUGCAGACACAACGCGGUGAUAUGCAAAUCACUUACAAGUACAAAAAGACAUCCUGCCAUAGUGACGAGUUUAUAAGCUUUACUCAACAUCGGACCCUGCCUUAAGUAUGUAACUAAUAAAACAUGGAGUCUUGCUUUACUGUUUUUCUUGCUUUCUUAGAAUUAAAGAAAUCUAAAUUAAGUAUUUUUGCUUAUGCAUUACCUUUAGAUACAUAUUUAAUUAAUCCCUUUAGUUAAUCUCUGUCUUCAAGUCUUUGUUCCUGCACACAGAACCAUAGACAGCACCAGCAUUAGAAUCUGGGCUCCGUUUGACAGCACCCUGGACAGCUCCACAUUACCUGAGUCUGACCUUUAUUAAUGAGCUGUGGAAGGCCUCUCCCAUAAUUGACAACUUCCACAAAAAACCAACAAGUUUCAACAAGAUGCAAGUUUCUGUUGCUGCAUGUUCAGGCCUUCUAAUAAUGGCACCAUGUCAUAGAAACUCUAGAUGGCAGUAGAAGUGACAGGUUUUGGAGAAAGAGAAGUUAUUCUUUAGAUGUGGCUCAACAGCUUGAACUCUUCCCAGUUUGCAGUUCUCUCAAGGAGAUCAAAUUUUGAUUUAACUGGUGCUACAUUAAAAUAACGCUUUUAUUCAGCAAGUUCUAUAUGCAUUAAAGACUUCUACUUGUUAUAAAAUAAACGCUGUUCUUUUGAACUUUCUAUUUAUCAAAGGAUCCUGGAAAUAUAUUUUUAUCAUGGUUUCCACAAAAAAUGUUAAGC